AGUAGCCGAGAGGACGGCGCACGGAGCGCACGCUACGCUGCUACGGCGCUACGAUGCCCGCCACAUAGACGCGGCGCUCGCUAGUCGGGAUCGGACACAACGCGAUUUGCUACUUAACUAUUGCUAUAGAAGUUUAUUUCGAGUUAAGAGAAAAGUUUGUGAAUUAAUAUAAUAAUAGUGUUCCCGCAUUCCUCGGUAGUUGACAAUACUCGUGUAGUUUAAUGUCCAGUAGUCUGGACGACUAGUUCUGUAAGUGUUACAAAUGAUCAAGAUGAAAAGGAUUUGUCACCUCAUCUUCCGACUGCUGUUCCUGCUGGACGGAGGAGUAUGGUCCCUCCGCAACCUGUCCAUCUCGGUCCCCCGCGCGGUGCUCUCGGGGGAGGGCCAGUCCGCGGUGCUGCGCUGCUCCUACGACCUGGAGGACGCGGCGCUCUACUCCAUCCGGUGGUACCGAGCCGAGACCGAGUUCUACAGAUAUGUCCCGAGAGAGAUGCCGCCUACCAUGGUGUUCCCACUGCCUGGGGCGUCUGUUGACUUAACGCAGUCAGACCACCAGCAAGUCCGCAUCGUGAACCUGAACCGGCGUCUGAGCGGUGACUACCAGUGCGAGGUCUCCGCGGACGCUCCUCUCUUCCACACUGACAUACGAUCAGCGCCUUUAACUGUUGUCGAUCCGCCAUUCAGAGCUCCGCACUUGUCUAUAUCCCGGGACAGUUACGCGCGCGGCGACAUCCUCCGCGCGAACUGCUCCGUGGACGAGGCCUAUCCCGCGCCCAACAUCACCUGGAUCCUAGAUGACCAUAAGAUCGCAGAGACAGUUUCCUGGAAAACUUCUGAUCUGGACUUCAAGGAACGAGGAGCCUUCAGUCGCCUGGAGAUCACAAUCCUGGAGGCGGAGCACUACAAGAUGGGCCUGACGUACACCAGCGCCAGCCUCAGCAGGGCUUACCAGGACAACUACUACAGCUAUGAGAAGCAGCCAGAGAAAGAGGAUAAAGAGAUUCUGAGGUACACGCUGGUCCCUCCCCCCACGGGGCAGUUCUCGCUGAGCUGCGUGGCCACGAUCUACGACAUCUACGCGCGCAAGAGCGAGCCCAUACCCGUGCGGGAGGACGCGCCGCAUCCCGCAUCCGUUACUGGAGAGGACUCCUCAGGUACGCUAGCAUCGCGCAGCGCGGCGCUAGUGUCGCUGUGCGCAUGCGCAGUGCUGCUGCACACGUUAUGAUCGGCGCACGCGCCGCACACGCAACUCAAUUAAACUCGCUAAUAACGCACUGCGCGCGGUUCGAACACAGACAGUAUGAACCAGUCCAUGUUUAGUUAAUUUAAAACAUUAUAGAAUAAUAUUGCUUUAAGUAUUAUAAGGAAAGGUAAUUUCAAGAUUCUGAUUUUCUUGUAUGUCAAAAAAUGUCUUGUCACAAUUAUCAUUAUAAUGAACCUUGUCAAAUACCCGGUAGGUACAUCUUUUGCAAAAGACCAUUAUUUGCAUUGUCAUUUUUAUGAAAAAGCAUAAAUUACUAAAAUUCAGCCUAUGUGAAGACUGCGACUAAAGGUUUACAGCGGACAUUACCGACCGAAAAUAAAUAUCUCUAACGCAGUCUGUAUUUAUAUUUAUUCCUAUAUCAUUUACAAAAUGCAAUAGGUACGAUCUUAUUCUCGAAAAGCUAUUAUUAUUAAAUUCAGUUGUAAAUUCAUCACAACAUAAUAAAUACAGUUAGUCAAUUGAAGGUUCACGGCUCACGUGACUUGUGAGCGAAAACGCAGCGUUAACGUCGCGUUUACGUGACUCAACCCACGUGCAAUUGAGUGAGUUGAGAUAUUUUAUUUUAAUUCAAAAUACCAAUGCUAUAGAGCAGUGAAGUUGUGUUGAAUGAAAUAGCUUUUGCAAGUACAGGGUGUCUCGAAAAUUUGUGAUUUUAUUUGACAUAUUAUUUUGUUUAUGCAAUUAAAAUGUUUUUUUGGUUUAAAAAGCAGUCUAUUCUAAUAUUAAUUGUUUUCCUGUAAUAAUUUUGAUGAGUAGAUGAUAAUUUUGCUCUUUAAAACUACAAGAUGUUAUGACAGUAUAGAGAAGAGAUGUAAAUGUUCCUCAAUAUUGCAGAUACCGUAAUUAAAAUAAAACCACACAUUUUCGUUACAACUUGUUUAAGAAAAGAAAAGUAAUUUUGUCAUAAUUAAGCAGCCAUCCUACUGGAAUUAAUCAACUGAAAGACUUUAAGGAAUUGUAAUAGAGCUGUCAAAGAAAAAUAAGGAAAGUUAAAAAACUGGUGUAAAAUAAUAUUAAUAACUAAAUUAAGUUUAA